AUGUCUUUCGCUGUUACUUCAAAUCUCAUUCGCAGGUUGGCUUCAACGGAUUUUCUUGAAUUUGGAAAGAAAUAUGAUGUGAUGGAAGAGUUGGAAGAGCUUAAGAACACUAUUGAAUCCCUCAAUGAUAAGCUCCUUGAUGCCGAAGGCAAGCAAGAUCAUGACGGUGGUGUGCGAGUUUGGAUCAGAAGGUUCAAAAAAGUACUUCAUUAUGCAGAUGACUUCUUAGAUAACCUUGCUAUCCAAUAUAAGAGAGACAAAUUCGGUGCAGCAGAAGGAAAAGAAGUAAACAAGGUACUUCUUUCCAUUUCAUCUUCAAAUCAUAUUCCUUUAUACAAUGAAAUGCCCUACGAAAUUAAAAAAAUAAGAGAAAGUUUUAAUGGUGUAGUAAAAGAAAUGAAGGGUUUGAAUUUAAGCCCACGAUCUGUGGUGGAUACGCAAACUAACAGUGAAUGGAGGGAAACAUGUUCUUAUGUAUUAGAAUCAGACAUCAUUGGAAGAGAUGAUAGUAAAAAGGAGAUCAUUAGUCUGUUGAGACAACCUUAUGAAAGCCAGAAAGUUUCUGUGAUUGCUAUUGUUGGCAUUGGUGGUUUAGGUAAGACAGCUCUUGCACAAUUGGUGUAUAAUGAUUUGGAAGUGCAGAAUUCUUUCGAAAAGCAAAUGUGGGUGUGCGUCGCUGAUAAUUUUGAUGUGAAAACUAUUCUGAAGAAAAUAUUAGACUCAAUUACUGAUGGCCAAAGACAAGACCAAUCAUUAGAGAAGAUGCAAAAACGGCUUCGUAAAAAUUUAAGUGGUAAAAAAUACUUGUUGGUCCUGGAUGACAUUUGGAAUGAGAAUCAUAAAAGAUGGGCUGAAUUGAGAAAGUACUUGAUGGGUGGCGCUCAAGAUAGUAAGAUUUUAGUGACAACUCGAAGUGAAAAUGUAGCAAAGGCAACUGCUGCUAGCACUUCCUAUCCUUUGAAAGGUUUGACCAAUGAAGAAUCUUGGAGUUUGUUGAAGAAAAUUGCAUUUGAGGAUGAUUUCAAAGGAGUGAAUCAAGAUCUAGAAUCAUCUGGGAAAGAAAUAGCCAAAAAAUGUAAAGGGGUUCCAUUUGCAGUUAAAACGCUGGGAGGCUUGUUACGAGGACAAAAUGACAAAAGUGAAUGGGAGAAUGUUCUACGCGGUGACCUGUGGAAUUUAUGUGAAGAGCAGGAUAGUAUCAUGCCAAUUCUAAAACUCAGCUACCGAAAAUUGUCGCCAGAAAUGAGACAAUGUUUUGCAUAUUGCUCUUUACAUCCUAAGGAUUCAAGAAUUUCAAAGAACGAGUUGAUUCAGUUGUGGAUGGCACAGGGUUACCUUAGAUGUUCAAUUGAAAAACAGCACAUGGACAUGGAAGAUAUUGGUAACCAAUUUGUAAAGAUUUUUUUGAUGAACUCAUUUUUCCAAGAUGCAAAAAGUGAUAAAUAUGGUGAGAUCAUUAGUUUCAAAAUGCAUGAUUUAAUGCAUGAUCUUGCAAUGCUAGUUGCUGGCAAUGAUUAUUGUUACUUGGAUAGCAAGGCAGAAAAAGUUGAAGGUAGUCCCAUGCACGUAUCUUUGGAAUCUAAUGCCAUUCAUUUAUUGAAAUCAUUAGAUCCGAGCAGGCUGCGCACUUUGAUUCUGUGGUCAUACAACGAGGAGGAAUUGUCUGUUGAAAAUUUCAAAUACUUACGCGUAUUGAGGAUGACAUCUUCUUCUUUUUGCAAAAUGUUUGAUUCAAUUGGAAAAUUGAAGCAUUUAAGGUACCUUAACAUUGUUGAUUCUUAUUUCUCCUUGAGUGGGAUGCCAGUUGGGUUGGGAAAAUUGUGCUCGUUGCAAUUCUUAUCAAUCUUUGUUGUGGAAGAUAGCCAAGAAACAAAAUAUGGCACAUUAAAUGAAUUGAAAGACUUAAACCACCUAAGGGGAGAAUUACACAUUAAGCAUCUCAAUUGUGUUAGAGACAUGACUUUGGCAUCACAGGAUGUAAAUUUAAAAGAUAAAAAAAUCCUUCGAUCCUUGACUCUGGAUUGGAAAGUUCCAGAUUGUAACAGUGACAGUUUACAAUUAUUAGAAAACCUUCAGCCCCACAAUAAUCUUAAGCGAUUGAAGGUGAAGUGGUAUCCAGGCGUGCUUUUCCCAAAUUGGCUUUCUCUGCUCACAAAUGUUGUUGACAUCUAUCUCUAUGGCCUUUAUAAUUGUCGCUGUCUCCCACCGUUGGAAUGUCUCCCCUCCCUAAAGUCACUUCAGAUAAUUAAUCUUGAUGAAUUGGAAUACAUAUAUCGUUAUGAAGAUGGUUUUGCAGUAACCUUCUUCCCCUCUUUGGAGAGACUGGAAUUAGAGGAUUGUCCUAAGCUUAUGGGAUGGCGGAGGCGGGGAGAUGAUAUCAAUGAUUCUAAGAAUUCACGUAAUCUCUCCCUACCUCUUUCAUUUCCUCAUCUUUCUCAACUAUAUGUCUCUUCCUGCUCACGGUUGAUUUGCAUGCCUUCUUUUCCAUACGUUAAGAAUUUGUAUUUGCGACGGUGCGGUGUGGAGCCAUUAAUAGGAACACUAAACACAACAGCGUCAACAUGUUCAGCUUACUCAUCUUCCUCCGCUGCUCCUCUUUCCAUGCUUAAACAAUUGACGAUUUCUGAUCCUAUCAAUUUACCAAAGGGUUGGAUGCAAAAUCUGACUUCUCUUCGAAUUGAAGAAUGUGAAAGUGAAACACUUGAGGAAUUUGAAACUCAGUUUAAGGACGACACCGUCUGCCUUUCUUCUCUGCAAAAAAUCAGCAUAUAUGAUUGUGAAAACCUAAAGGCUUUGCCAGAUUGGAUUUGCAACCUCUCAUCACUUCAGCGGAUCAAAAUCUCACGCUGCCCAAAAUUGGCAUCGCUGCCCGAAGGAAUGAGUCGUCUUACCAACUUAAAGAUCUUUGAGGUUGUGAGGUGUUCCCUCUUACUUAAAGAAUGUCAAACAGAGAGAAGUGCUGUUAGUCGCCAAAUUGCACACAUCCCACAAAUUAUCCUUCAUGAUUAA